AUGGGAACUAGGUCCCGUUUGGAGGGGAUAGAGGUCCCAGCGAUCGACACCGACAAAAUCAACUGGUUCCAAGUCUCCAUUCCUCCCACUUCCCCCUUAUCUACGACUAGUAUUCCCGCAGUUUUGCCGCCUCUGCCGCAACCCUCUGCUUCUCUCACCGUGGAUUACGCAUCCUACUCCAUCAUUGGGAACCCUUCCACCUAUCUCAUUUG